AUGAUCUUUAAAAGGGAGUGGGAUAUUCGCAUGAAGAAAACGCUUGGAAAAUGGAAAGAUAAACCUACAAAUGGAAGAGACUUCUUCACGAAGGAAAAUCCAAAGAACCAAAGAAAGCAUGCCCAUCUGCUAACUACAAUGAUAAACGGCAAUACUGAAGAAUGGGAUUCUGUCAUGCUCUUCUACUCUAUCCUUUACUCAGAGAGUCUUGGAUGCGGAAUUAGUGCAGAAGUCCGCUCAGCGGUGGAUGAACUCAGAAAGCUUCGCAACAAAUUUGCUCACAUUGCCCAGGCCCAGGUCUCAGAUGCAGACUUCUCUUCUCUCUGCAACAGAGUUAAUAGUGCUUUUCAGUCACUCGGUCUCUCUACUCGUCCGCUGAUCAGAGAAGAGGUUUAUUUUGCAAGUGCCAGGGUAGAAGAAAUGGUGAAUUUUCAGUUUCUUGCAGGUAAAAGUUAAGUUGUUUGAGCUUUCACAGAGCCCUUUCACUCCGGCAGUCAAUAUGGAGGGAGAAUGUGUUGUUCUAUCUGUGGAUAAAAUCGUUUGGUGUGGCCAUGUUAAUUAACUGAAGCAGUACUCUCAUACGGUACUUUAGGUUUUUAUAAUUUUACAAAAUCAAAUUUCGAAUUUUUCUCAAAUUUUCAUAUUGGCCCACUGUUAGGAAUGAAAUGGUUUAUUAGGAGGUUUCUUUUUCUUUUUUGAUAUAAUCAGUACAAUGUAAAACCGUAUACAGCAUUUUUUGAUUUAUAUUCUUUACCAUAAUUUACAAAUAAAGUCGCAGUUUUAUUUUGUCAAGGUCGGUAACAAGAUUGGUAAUACUAUUCUUUAUCGUUUCGUUCGUAACGGAUUAUACUUGCACAAAUAAACAUAAAUUACAAAUACAAAAAGAAAAUAAACAAAACAAACAAAAAUAGCUUGUAAAAAGGGGAAAAACUCAUUACAAAUCAGCACGUAACAAAAAAUCAAGGAAGUAAGAGUCCUAUUUCCCAAAGAAAUUUCUCUGAAUGUUUAGUGUUUCAGUUAGAAGUGUAAGAAAACUGUCCAAAAGUAGCGAUUGGUUAUUAGUCCUUUAUUAUAUUAUUGUCGAAACCUCCAUAUACAAUCGUACUGUUUGAUAAUGUGAGUUUCUUCAAUUUUCUUGGUUCACCAGUUCUUCCAAAAGGCUAUAGCUAAGGAACAGAGUGAUUUAGGACUGUGUAUUAUACGUGCCGAAUCUCUGACUGGGUACAUUCUUUUGCAUAAUGCUCAUAACUAUUUUUAUUUUUGUAAUUGACUUAAAUCCAACGACAUAUUCUUAAAAACCAGCUAGCGUUGGCCAUAAUAUUUUGAUUCUGCUUUCAUAUUAUAUGAAGAAUUAUGCAAUGCGAAGAGGGUGCUAUCCACCUAGGCUUCGUCGAUUUGAAUAAUUCUUCAUAUCAUACGAAAGCCGAAUCCAAUAAAUGCUAAUGUCCUAUUGUUCUUCGUUUUUAUCCACAGAAUGUUCAACGGAACAACUCAACUACGUCAAGCUGUGUUACCUCUUAUCUGAUGUUGUGACCAAGGGACUGAGAAUGAUCUUUAAAAGGGAGUGGGAUAUUCGCUUUAAGGAAACGCUUGGAGAAUGGAUGGAUAAACCUAGAAAUGGAAGAGACUUCUACUUAAAGGAAACUCCAAGGAACCAAGUGAAACAUGCCCAUCUACUGGCUGCAAUGAGGAACGGCAACACGGAAGAAUGGGACAUUACCAUGCUCUGUUAUGCCAUUUUGUUUUCUAACAGUAUUAGCCUCUCGUUAAGUCCAGCUGUUAAGUCACAAAUGGAAGUUCUGAGAGAGAUUCACAAUGAGACAGUGCACAGCUCACUUGCUAACCUGUCAGUGGCGAAGCUUCAAGACAUAUUUCAGAAAGUUCAGCUCGCUUUUGUAUGUCUUGAUCUUUCGACGCAACCAAUCCAAGACCUUGAGAAACAAACGUUUCAAUUUGAGCCGAAAGAGGGAAGUUACAAUGAAAAACAGCAGCUGGAAAAACAGGUGGAAGAUCCUGAAUUCGAGGACCAAAGAGAUAUUUCCUCAUUUUGCCGGCUUCCAUUAAAACCUCCACUGGACAUUAUAGGUCGAGAAAGUGAUAAAGACAAAAUUGUUCAAGAACUUAAGGAGCUAAAGAAGAACAAUGAAGGCGGCCUAACUUGUCUAAUCAUAUCAGGAAGGCCUGGAAGUGGCAAGUCGCAGCUUGCAAGACAAGUAGCUGAGAGUUUUUACUACGAAGCUACAAAAAUCAACGACGCCCGUGCGUUUGUUAUGUCGCUGAAUGCUGAAAGUUCUGAGAGCCUUUUGGAAUCGUUCACCUCAUUUGCCCAACACGUCAAGUGCUCAGAAAUUGAAGUUAACAAGAUCCUUGCUUUGGAGAAUAGAAAAUGCCAUGAGAAAAUAACCAUGCUAAAGUAUCUGAUCGAGAAAAGAAUCCAACUUUACACGACAUGGCUCUUGAUCAUCGAUAAUGUGACCGGUCUCUGUAACAUUCUUAUGUCAUUGCCAGAGGCUGGAAAUGCGUUGUGGAAAACAGGACAAAUGCUAAUCACAACCCGUGACACCGUCUCUGAACUGCCCGACGAUACUUUCACGUCUCACAUCUCAAUGAACAAAGGAAUGGAGCCCAGUGAUGCUGUAUCUUUAAUGACCGCGGUCUCCGGUACUGGUGACAAAGAAAUGCUGGAAAAAGUGGCAAAGGAACUGAAUUAUCAGCCCCUUGCUUUGGCGAAUGCAGCGACCUGCGUCAAACAAGAUUGUCAGAGCAAUAAGGAGCCUAAUCUUGCCUGGACAGAGAUCCUUAAUGCACUGAGAACAGACAAGGAAAUGGAAUCCGGUUCUGGUGAUAUUUCUACGCCCGAGUCGAGUAUCCUCAAAUCCACGGAUGUAGUAGUACGUCGAGCAGUUGAAACACUGAUGAGUACAAACGAAGUCAUAAAGCAUGUCUUAACCUUCCUGUCCUUUUUCAAACGACACGUCUUUGAUUUAGAUACCUUAAUCACUUACUUCCGGAUUGUAGAAGAACUUCAGGAUAAAGAAGAGGUUAGGAAGAAGAACGAGUCCCAGAUUAAAGCAUGUCCACUUCUGUUGCUUGGAGAAGAUGCAAAUAACGUUAACAUUGGUAUUCAUCAAGUUGUGUUGAAUGGCAUUAAGUCGACACUCGAAAAGCAUUCGAUUGCUGAUAGCCAGCUUCUUGCUGCUUUUAAGUUAUCUAGCCAAAUGCAAAUUGAUCCUCUUGAGGAGAGUCGGGACGAGUUCGAUUUUGAGGAU